AAAGUGGGCAUUUCUGACGCCUUUUUAUUGCCUGCCUUCUUUCGCAGUCCUUGACGUUCCGUCUCUCCACGAUCAAGACAGGAGUACUCCACAUUAAGAGGAAGACGGGAAAAUAAAUAAAAAAGUUUCAGAUCUGGAAAAAAUUCUGCCAGUCUAUUAUUAAUUUGAUUCUACUAACAGAUCUGUACACCGAAAUACAACUGUUGGCAUGUUAAAAUCAAUUCCACUAUAUUCCUUGAAAGCUUGAGCUCUUGAUCGAGUUCAAGAUAGAGGCACUUAAACAUGUAUAUGGCAUAUGGAUGGCCCGAGGUAAUGCCGCUGGAGUCAGGCGUAUGGCCUACUCCGCAACAGAUCCUCUUCAUGAAAUCCAUCAAUGGGAUUCUAUUAGUUGUUUCUCCUUCCCACUUGGAAAUAUGGAGCUCCACACGGCACAGAUUAAGGCUGGGUAAGUAUUUGAGGGAUCCAGAGUCGAUCCAGAAGGAGGGUCAAAAUUUGCAGGCUGUGUGGAGCUCUGAUACCAAGACUAUUGUAGUGCUUACAUCAUCCUUCUUGUUGCAUGUUUACAAAGUAAACUUUUCAGGAAAACAUCUACGAUUUGGAGGGAAAGAUGUUUCUGGUUUAUCUCUUGUAAAUAUAAAGUACAAUUCAAGUAAGAAAGCACCUUUUGCUGGUGAGAAUGUGACAAUUAGCAAUUUUGUUAGUGAUGACAGGCAUAUUCUUUUAGGCCUAUCAAAUGGAUCUCUCCAUCUUUUAUCAUGGAAUGGCGAGCAUGUAGAGGAAUCUUAUCUUCUUGAAGAUCCAGUCUCUGUACGAGGGGAUGACAAUGCCCUGGAUAAUGAUUCUUCAGUUCACCCUGGAUUGAAUUCACAAAGAUCAGCUAACUUUUCCCCGAAGAAGAUAGCUAAUCAUACUAGUAUAUCACAGCUUGAACUUUCUUUAGCAUUGAGACUGUUAGUUGUGGUAUUUGGAGAUGGACAUAUUCUUCUAUGUUCGACAUCUAAGAAAGGGUUGAGGCACAUGGAUGGUAUUAAAGCUGAAAGAUGGUUAGGUGUAUCUGAUGCUGCAUGUAUUGCAUUAUCCCCAGAACAAGAAAUACUUGCUGUUGGUACAAGGAGAGGAACAGUGGACCUUUAUGACUUAGAAGAUGGUGCCACUCUUAUACGUACAGUUUCUUUGUAUGAUUGGGGAUACUCUGUAGAAGACACUGGAGCAGUCAACUGUAUAGCAUGGACGCCAGACAAUUGUGCAUUUGCUGUUGGGUGGAAACUUAGGGGACUUACAGUAUGGUCUGCGUCAGGGUGUCGUCUGAUGAGUACUAUUCGUCAAAUUGGCAUAAAUUCUGCUUCAUCUCCAAUGGUAAAGUCAAACCAAGAAUACAAAUGCGAACCUAUGGUUGGGGGUGUUGCAUGCAUGGGAUGGGAUGAAUAUGGAUACAGACUUUUUGCAGUUGAACAAAGGACUGCAGAAAGAGUUCUAGCUAUACCAUUUGGAAAAUGUUGUCUAAACAGAGGCAUUUCAGGUGCCACACACAUGCGACAAGUGAUUUAUGCUGAAGAUCGAGUGCUUAUUGUGCAGUCAGAAGAUGACGAUGAACUUAAGCUUCAACAUCUUGUUCUUCCAGUGUCCUAUAUUUCUCAGAACUGGCCAGUGUUGCAUGUAGCUGCUAGCAAAGAUGGGAUGUACUUGGCUAUUGCUGGUCGUCAAGGGAUGAUACUGUAUGACUUACGUGCGAAAAAGUGGCGUGUGUUUGGGGAUGUUACCCAAGAGCAGAGAAUUCAUUGUGUAGGCUUGUUAUGGCUUGGAAAAAUAGUAGUCAUCUGCAACUAUAAUGAUUCUUCCAACACUUAUGAGUUGCUUUUUUAUCCAAGAUAUCAUCUUGAUCAAACCUCCCUGCUUUGUCGAAGGGCUCUCCUGGGUAGGCCUAUGGUGAUGGAUAUAUGCCAAGACUAUAUUCUUGUAACAUAUCGGCCUUUUGAUGUUCAUGUUUUUCAUGCUCAACUUUCCGGCGAGUUAUCACCCUCAAACUCUCCAGUUUUGCAGCUAUCUGCAGUACGGGAACUUUCUAUCAUGACAGCAAAGAAACAUCCUGUUGCAAUGCGCUUCAUUCCUGACCAUUUUCCAAAGGAGGGGACAUUAUUUUCUAAAUCUGAAAUGUCACCAAGAGAUAAUCUUAUAGAAUCUGGCUCAGAGACUUUUCAGAGGCAGCCUAAGAGAUGCUUGAUUCUGCGUUUGAAUGGCGAACUUUCAUUGCUUGAUUUAGAUGAAGGUCGUGAACGGGAGCUAACUGAUUCUGUAGAACUGUUUUGGGUAACUAGUGAACUGUCAGAGGGUAAAGCAAAUCUCAUUGAUGAGGUUUCUUGGUUGGACUAUGGUCACCGUGGAAUGCAGGUUUGGUAUCCUUCUCCUGGGUUAGAUCCAUUUCAGCUACAGGAUUUUCUGCAGCUGGAUCCAGAGUUAGAAUUUGACCGUGAAGUUUAUCCUCUGGGUCUCCUUCCAAGUGCUGGUGUUGUUGUUGGUAUUUCACAGCGCAUGUCUUUUUCAGCAUGCACAGAGUUCCCUUGUUUUGAACCUGCUCCUCAAGCUCAGACAAUUUUGCAUUGCUUGCUACGACACCUUCUACAGAGAGACAAAGCAAAGGAGGCUUUAGGUUUGGCCCGAUUAUCAGCCAACAAACCUCACUUUUCACACUGUUUAGAGUGGUUGCUUUUCACUGUUUUUGAUGCAGAUAUAUCCAGUCAAAGUUCAACUAAGAACAAUCCAGUUUCUGUCAAGAGUAGUGCUUCAUCACUUUUGGAACAAACGUGUGCACUGAUCCGGAAUUUCCCAGAAUACUUGGAUGUGGUUGUAAGUGUUGCAAGGAAAACUGAUGGACGACAUUGGGCUGAUCUCUUUGCUGCAGCAGGAAGAUCUACAGAUUUGUUCGAGGAUUGCUUUCAAAGACGAUGGUAUAGGACAGCUGCAUGUUAUAUUUUGAUAAUUGCUAAGUUGGAAGGCCCUGCUGUGAGUCAGUAUAAUGCUUUGCGCUUACUCCAGGCAACUCUGGAUGAAUCAAUGUAUGAGCUAGCAGGAGAACUGGUUAGGUUCUUAAUGCGUUCGGGAAGAGAUUAUGAACUUCUAACAGAAUCUGAAAAGACACCACAGAGAUUCCUUGGCUCAUUUCUUUUUCGUUCAUCUUCUCAGAAACAACCAAUUGAUAUGAAAAGUCCCUCAAACAAGGAAUCAAGUGCCCAUAUUGCUUCUGUGAAAAGCAUACUUGAAUGCCAUGCUAGCUAUUUGAUGUCUGGAAAGGAACUUUCCAAGUUGGUUGCAUUUGUUAAGGGAACCCAAUUUGACCUUGUUGAAUAUUUGCAGAGAGAGAGGAAUGGAUCUGCACGGCUUGAAAACUUUGCUUCUGGUCUUCAAAUAAUUGGACAAAAGCUUGGUAUGGACUUGCUACAAAGUCGCUUAGAUGCAGAAUUUCUUCUAGCACACAUGUGUACUGUUAGUUUUAAGGAAUGGAUUGUAGUGCUUGCCACCCUCUUGAGGCGUGCAGAGGUUCUAUUUGAUUUGUUUCGGGAUGAUAUGCGGCUAUGGAAAGCUUACAGUAGUACUCUUCGGUCCCAACCAGAUUUUGCUGAAUAUAAGGAUUUGUUAAAUUCCUUGGAGGAAGGACUUUCCUCUGUUGCCAAUGAGGUGCAGGGAUAAAAGCUACAGCUACUACGAAUAUUUUAUUUCUUUUAGCUUCUGUAGCUGUCUUUCAGACUAACCGGUUUAAACUAGACAAUAUUGUCAGUGAUCAGCACAAUGGUACUUGAUUGUAAAUCUCCUCCACCUGUGAUGAAAUGAUUAAUAUUUCUUUCCCGGUUAGCUGCUAGUUUUGUAUCAUAAUCAGGUCAUUCCUUUUACGGAUGCAAAAUGUCAAAUCAUGAUUGAGGACAUAAUCCAAAUGUAAAAUCUUCAUUGCUAUUGAAAUGAAUCAUACAACACUGUAAGUGCGAAUACUGCAGUAAUUGCAAAACUAUAGGUUAGAGUUAUGUCAUUUUUUCAGUUA